AUGCCACUACAAUCACACGAAGUGUUGACACUUCGCCUGAUAUUUGAUUGCGACGAUGACUUUGAUGAAGAUCAGCAGACAGAACAAGCUUCGUCUGACGGGGGCUUCGUGCACUUCCUUCUUCUCCCAUCCGAGAUCCGUCGCGAGAUUCUGCGCAACCUGCUCCUCAUCAACCGAAAUCGAAAACCCCACACUCGUCGUCCACCAAAAGAAAAUGCUUCCACCAUGCUUUGGAUUCAGUCCCACCGAAUUCUGGAAGCUCCACCCUUCAAGCACAAAGGCAGUCAAGAGAUUAAUGGUUGCCCCCCAGUUAUAAACACAUGCCAGAUAUAUCCGGCCAUCCUGAAGGCAUGUCGUCAGCUGUAUGAGGAAGGCAAGACAGUCCUUUACGCCGAGAAUACGGUUAUUGGCCUUCAGUGUGGAAUCAAAGGUCUGAACGCCAAGUUCCGGAAUUAUGGUAUACCGAUGUGGGGAUCGCUGUCAUCAUAUCGUCUGGCGGCUACUAACACUAAAGAAACGCAACACAAUACAAAGCUCGACCCGCUGAUACUGUUGAGAGGACAGAAUGUCAAACGAGCCACCCCGUUUUACAUAUGCAGCUACAGAGACGCGACUGAGUUGUUCCACGCACUGUGGAUCAUGACCAAAUCUUCUUUUGCAAAAGGAAUGAAGUAUAACUUGGUCAUUUCCGCUGCUCCACGGCACCGACAUGUCGACAUCACUGAUACCUUCAUUAAAUACGGCCUCCUACCACGCUUGUACAGCUUUAUCAAUAAGAUUGAUUUCUAUGACCCUCAUGCUACACCGUUGAAGGCCGGGGAAUGUGCAGACAUUAUCUCCACAACACACAAACGCCUCACCUUGCUACGAGCUGAGUUGACUAAACACUUGUCAGCGAGCCAAGAUGAUGUCAAUCUCUACAACUACAACCUAAUUUGUGGAUUGCUUGAAAGCUUCAUGCUGCGUGCGGAGACUUGCAUCAACAAAAGGUCUUUUCUGAAAGCAGAACUCCUUCUUGAGCGUGUCAAUUUUGAGGCGUGCAGUAUGAUACGUACGCGGACUGCCGAGCUCGUUGAUGUAUCAGACAAGUCUAAAGAGGGUAUCAAUCGCGUCUGCAAGCUAAUCGCAAUAAGCGCUUAUCGUCUCUGCGAACUUCGAAGCGGUUCGCUGGCUAGAAUCCUCGCUAAGAAUAAAGAGCAGGCAUCCCCGAGCGGGGAACAGUCACCAUCAAUAGGAAAAACUACCCGAAUCCAAUCCGAAGCGCUUGCUCAUGAAUUGGCUGUCUCCAAUGGUCUUCUCGCACUACGCCUUCCCUGUGCGUCUCCGCUCCAUGAGUGGUCUAUCCGCGUUGAUAUCAUGCUGCUCCGACUGUUUGCAGAACGAAAGGAUAUCUCCUAUGCCGUCUGGGCGAUUCGACGAAUCAAAGAAAAUUGCAGCUUGUUGUGGAAAGAUGCAAAGUCGAAGCAGAAGUUGGUCCAAAAGAUCUCAACAAAACCCCCGCCAAAGUAUCAGGCACUGGGUGACCUGGUCACAUAUCUCGAAACGGCACUGAAGCCUUCUCCGGCAUUGCUCUGCUUGCCCACCAUCGCCGAUAAGUGUGAGGAGAUCGUUACUGAGAUCUGGGGCGAGAGACUGACUCCGAAGAAGGGAUACAUCGGCUUGAUCUGGACCUUC